GAACUGUCCUUCCAUAAGCCUCUGAAUAAUGAUCUCUUUUAGAAAGUGUUUGAAAUUUACAGAAUCAUAUAUUUAGUUUGGAGACUAUAAAGGAGCAUCCAGUAAGACUGUUUAGACACACCCAUUGCUUCACUCAAUUUGACAGCAGAACAUACAGGGAGAGUCUACUCUAAACAGACUGUAGGUGUUGCAGCCAGAGUGGGGUCAUACAGAGUUGAUCUCCACAUGGAACGCCAGCUGGUGACACUGCUGCUGUUUCAGGCAGUAUGGAAUGGUGUUCUUGGAAAAAAACACUUUGUGAAAAAAAGAGGACUCAUUGAAUUAUAUGAAACCCUAAAAUGUGGUACAAGGCGAUUUCCUUUGGCCUAUAUAAAUUAUGGAUGCUAUUGUGGUUCAGGGGGAAGCGGAUGGCCUACGGAUGAAACAGAUUGGUGCUGCCAUAGACAUGACUGCUGUUAUGACUUUGCACAACGACAAGGCUGUCACCCCAUAACAGACAGAUAUAAGUGGACUUGUCAGAACAAUACUGUGAUAUGCGGUAAGCGCCGUCUUCUGGCAUCCAGUCUCUCAGAGGACUACCCUAAACUCAAGGUGCCCGCCGCCUGGCCAAGCGUCUUUGGAUUGCCCAUGACAGCUACUGAGGUUCCAAAGCCUUCAGACAACAUUGCAGCGCUGCCCUAA